UUGAUAUCCAGUUUCCCGAACAUGGCCCUUUCCGGUAAGGCUCGAUGAUUCAGUGAUGAAUCCCCAACGUUGACCACCCCGGAACCGUCCUCCGUGCGCCAGGCAUGAUCUAGGCUUCUGAGCGGACAAGGAUGAUGCUCUGUGGGAUGUCCUUGUCUGGGGUCGUAUCCGGAGUGCGGGGAGUUGGGUCCAAGUGACUUAGUCUCCCCAAAAGUCAAUCAUUUAAAGGACGAUCUACUGAACUUUCUCUCAAGUUCGCUGCUUCUCUUCUUCCUAUCUCUUUGAUACGCGUACCUUCCGGGCUCCUGCAUCAUGGCUGUCGAGGAAGUCACUCACGAUAGCACCGCCCGCUCCAUGUCACUGGAGAAAACCGACAUCGAAAAGGUCGAAGUCAUUCCUGGCUCCCCUCCACCAACCGUCCCACAAAACAGCGAUGGCGAAUCAGUCGAUAUCACCUGGAAGACGUGGUUCGUCAUUUUCAUCCUUUCUUCCACUUUCGGUUUGUCCUUUUGGCCCGUUCCUACAACCGCGGCCCUGCAAUCCAAGCUCUCCGUCAUAUUCAACAACCCGACGUCCAUGGCCUGGUAUGUACCUGCUUAUACAACGGGCAACUCGAUCGGCUUCCUGCUCGCAGGCGCAAACUCGGAUCUGUUUGGGAGACGGCUAUUCCUGUUGUUUGGAAAUGCGUGCUGUUGCAUAGGAUUCAUUAUCACCGCAACGGCAACGGGCGCGAGCCAGUUUACGGCGGGUCUAGCGAUUACUGGGUUCGGAGGAGGUUUCUGUCAAAUGGCCAUGUGCUCAAUUCCCGAAUUGCUCCCAAACAAAUACCGCCACAUUGGUGUCUGCAUCUCUGAUGGAUUCGUCUUCGUGAUCGUUAUCAUCGGCCCUAUCGUUGGACGAUAUGCUAUCGACAGUGGCGGGUAUAAGUACAUCUACUGGGGCGGGUUCAUCGCGCAAUUCAUCUCGCUCGCCGCCAUCUGGGCUUUCUACAAGCCACCCAAACACCCAAAGGGUAUCCCCUGGCACGAAGCCUGGCGAGGCCUGGAUUAUGUCGGCACUGCUGUGGUAGUCCCGGGUAUCUGCUUGACGCUCGUUGGCAUCAUCAACACGACGUAUAAGCCCAGUUCUGAUGCCACCGUCGUUGCGCCGUUGGUAGUGGGACUUGUGCUCAUUGCGAUCUUCGGCGUCUGGGAAACCGUGUCAAAUACGCCGUACAAGCUCUGUCCGCCUCAUCUUUUUCGCAGCCACAACGGAAGGGAGUUCACGGCUCCAUUUAUUGUUGCUUUUAUCGUCACGAUGUUUUACUACAGUGUUAACAUCAUUUGGCCAACAAUGGUCAACGUAUUCUACCUUACGGCAACGACCUCGCGCGGCACCGAGCUCCUUCUUACACUCCCACCCAACGUAGGGCUUGUCGCCGGCGCCCUCCUGCUGAUCGCGUUCGGCAACCUGGUCGGCCACUGGAAGUGGACGCUCAUCGUCUCCUGGACUGGAAUGACGCUCUUCGGCGCGCUCAUGGGUCUCUGCACUCCCUUCAAUAAGGGCGUCAUGAUCGCAUUUUGCUGCAUCAAUGCCACCUUCUUCGGCUGGGCGCAAUACGAAUCCGUGGCAUUCACCCAACUGGGCGUCCCCCAACAAGACCUUGGGUUCUCGGGCGGUCUCGCAGGCAUGGCGCGCUACGCAGGCGGUUCUCUCGCCCAAGCCAUUUACACCACCAUCCUUACCAACACGCAAACCCGCCGUGUAGCUUCCACGCUACCCACCGCAGCCGUCGCGGCUGGCAUGACGCCCGAAAACGCACAAAAGCUGCUCGCAGCAUUCCCUCUCGGUGCUUCAGCGAUAGCAGCUGUGCCAGGGACUACAGCAGAAGCCUUGGCUGCUGCAGCGCUGGCUUUCCAGUGGAGCUAUGCGCAUGCGUUGAAGAUCGUUGCGCUGAGCAGUUUGAGCUUUGGGUUGGUGGGCUUGAUUUGCGUGUUCUGGUGCGAGGAUGUAGGACCGAAGAUGACGAACAAGACGGAGGUAUUCUUGGAGAAUGAUGUUAAUGCAGAGAAGAACGUGUUCCAUUAACGGCCCGGUAGGGGCAUCGAUGGAAGGCCCUCCAUUCUUCGUCUUAUGGCCAAGGAGCACCAGUUUAGUAUGCAGACUCAGGAAACGUUUUGAAACAUAGUACGAGCAUGUGCCUCCCUUCACCUUAUCUUAGGGGCGCUUCUUUGG